AAGAACAAGAACCCGCGUUUGCAAGAAAGUGGACCCCACUCCUCCUGUUAAUCAUUGGUUUGGUUCAGCCCGGCCGGUUGCGGCAGAUUAUAUAUCUCUAUUUGACUUAUCGGCAAUUCAACUUCCUUAGUGGCAAAGGCAAAUACCUUGAAUAAAAUGCUUCGUACCCACUAGUCCUCGUGUCUGAUUUCUCGGAGAACAGAUAAUUAUCAAUAUGGAGCAGCCUCUGCUAUCGGAAACGAGACGUGAAUCGGCUGAUAGAGAGAGUGGAAAGUGGAGCGCGUAUCAGUAUGCGGGAAGGACGGGUUCUGGGAUUCCUACUAAUUCAUCAUUGGCUGGCACUGAGGUGACUGUCGAUGAAAUUCGUUCUGCCGCCGCUGCUUCUUCCGAUUAUUAUCCGCCCUCUAUUCAUGGCGCUUUGGUGGGCUCGCCUGAGCCUGAGUCUUAUCCUCCAGAGCAAGCUAUUGUUCCCCAAGUAGGAUAUGCAGGAGACUACAGUGGAACCAGAGCUGAAUACCAGAGGGGAAUCCUGGAUGAAGUAGCAAUACGAGAACUGCUCAUUGAUCAUGUUGGUCAUCGCUAUUGUUGGGGUAGCCGUCCUGCUCGAACGUGGAAAAUUCAUGCUGUGGAAGACUGCAAUGUUUAUGUGGGAACUCUAGAUACUUUUAUUGAGGAAAGAGAGGUCAUAAAAGAGACUGAGCCAUAUACUGGUGGCAGUGUAGAUGGAAAGCAUAAUGGGCCUGAACUUGGUGUCUGGGAAUUGGAUUUAAGGUCUCAGUUUCCUGUGCUGUUUGUGCCAUACAAAGAAGUGCGAGAAAAGAUUCCUCAUUCUGAAAUUAUUGAGAAAUGCCCCGCUUGUGAAGGACGAGGUAGUGUUGUCUGCUCUGUAUGUAAUGCAGACCAAGAACCUGGAUAUUAUAAAGAAAAUCAGAUGACCAAAUGUAUUGCUUGCCACGGAAGGGGUUUGAUUGCUCAUAAAGAUGGAUCUGAUUCAGUAUGUGUUAAAUGCAAUGGUAAGGGAAAGAUUCCUUGUUCAACUUGUGGAUCUCGUGGACUGAUCAAAUGUGCGAGCUGCAAAGGAAGUGGCUCUCUUUUGGCACACAACGUGGCAGCUGUUAAAUGGAAAACACUGUCAACUCGAAAAGUAAAUGCAAAUAGUGGAGCAGCAUCGGUUCCGGACGAGGUUUUCCAUAGAGCCAAAGGGGUUCAGUUGUGCAACACUCAGGCACAGCAAUGCACUCCAGGCUUCUUUGCUGAUUCUUUCUUCCUCAACAAGUUUUCCUCCGAAGUCAUUGCAGAAAGAGCCGCGGUACCUGUCACUGCAAGGGUCAUCUGUGAGAGGCACACCAUCUCGGUUGUGCCGGUGACUCGGGUCACCAUGGCUCGCCGACGGCGAUCUUUCAGCUUCUAUAUCAUAGGGCAUAGCAGGGAGGUGUACAUGAAGGACUAUUACCCUGCUAGAUUUUGUUGGGGUUUAUGCCCUUGCAUGGAGUGGUUGAAGUUGUGAUCCGGAAAAAUCUUCAUCCUAUGAGCAUUAUGGCCUGUUUUUUAUUUCUCAGAUAUUUGAGAGUGUGUUUUGCUCUGAUUGUUUUUAGCAGUCAGAAACAGAUUUAUCGGUUCAAGGGAUUGUAUAUGGAGCACUACACCAAGUGAAAUAUAGUAUCAUGUUGUAUUCA